CGAGGAGGCUUCCCCAUGUGGACGUUGCGAACUGUCAACACAGGCUUGUAGACAUACCUCCGAGAGGAAGGGAAGAAACCCGUUUCAGCUGUGUGUGGGGGCGUGCGCGGGUGUGUGUUUUCUUUUUUUUUCUUAAACCCUCUCAAAACCCCUCGGCGCGUUCUGUGGAAGCUAACGAGGCAAAAGAUGAAGGUUGUCGGAUCUACCUGCGCCCUGAAGAGCAAGGUCGGCGGAGAGAUCGGCCUGUCCGACCAGAGCCUGGCCAUCUCCAAGUGCAAGAUCCCGCUGCUGGACGAGCAGAUGAACGUCUUCCUGCAGGACAUGAACAGCUGCUACAGCAAGCUGAAGGAGCUCGUGCCCACGCUGCCCACCAACAAGAAGGCGAGCAAGGUGGAGAUCCUGCAGCACGUCAUCGACUACAUCUGGGACCUGCAGGUCGAGCUGGACGAGCCGGAGAAGAGCCGCCAGCAGCACGCCGUGCCCCGCACGCCGCUGACCACGCUGAACGCGGAGCUGGCCAGCAUCUCGGUGGAGAACGGCUGCUCAGAAGAGAGGAUAAUGUGCCGCUAAGAGCAGAUGGAGCAUCUAACAGGCCGCGCGCCCCGGCGGAGGACCAACAAGGCGAACCCGGUGCGACAUUCUGGGUCAAACGUCGAAAUCUAGCGCCUUCGAACUGUGUAGAGAUGUUGAAAACUCUCCCAACUAAAAAAAAAAAAAAAAAUUUACGAAAGAAAAAAAAAAAAUGUACAAAAAAAAUAAAUAAAUCAAAAGCUAGAAAAUCAAGACUGGACAUCCUCCGGGGUGGACUCUGUCACUCGCAGCUCUCGAUUCAUCCGGGGGCUUUGAGAGCGGCGGUGUCCAGAUCUAGAGAGCCUGAGUCAGUCAGAGGGACCAAGACAAAGUUCAGAGCAACCAGCGACAGACUGCUGCUGCUGCUUGUAGAAUUUCUAUAAAAAAAAAAAAAAAGAAACAGAAAAAAAGCUUGCAUUUCUGCCACGAUCUCUCUCUUUUGUAUUUUGUGUAAAAUCAUAUAAAGAAUUCAAACGUUUUGUAAAAGAAGAAAAAUUUAUUUCUCAGAUUCCUGAGUGACAAACUGUAUUGUAUAUUACAAUGCCACAGUAUGUGAAGAUAUUGUUUUCUUACAAUGUACUUUAUUUGCGUUUUUAUUAAAACAAGAACACUAUUUUUUGAACAAGAA